AUGAAGAAGUGCACACUGGCAAUCCACCACCCGGUGGUCCUGGAGGACCUCCCGGUGCGCCUGGAGGUGGAAACCCGGGAGAGCCUGGGGGUGGCGGACCCGGAGGAUGGCCUGGUGGUGGUGAACCCGGCAGUGGACAGCCAGGUGGGGGAUGGCCCGGUGGUGGAGGUGGCCAACCAGGCGGUGGGUGGCCUGGGGGUGGUGGAGGUGGAGGACAGCCCGGUGGUGGACAACCAGGUGGAGGGCAGCCCGGUGGUGGACAACCAGGUGGAGGGCAGCCAGGCGGAGGACAACCUGGCGGAGGACAACCUGGCGGAGGACAACCUGGCGGUAGAUGGCCCGGCGGUGGUGGACCUGGUAGACCAUGGCCCAGUGGAGGCCCCGGCGGAAGCCCUACCAAGGUUUCUGAUAACCAUUGAGCACAAAAUUAUCUGGUCCUGA